CCAACCUACGCCAGCUCCACCCCAGCGAGCACCAGCACCGGCGCCAGUGCCAGCGCCCAGCACCACCGGCAGCUCCUCCGCCGUUAGUCUGCCUGCUAUCCCGUCCAUCCACCCCAUCUUCUGAUUUCUUUCCUCGCCCACCCCCCCAGUUCGCUCGUAUUGCCGUCUCCCGACUGUUUUCGUGUUCAGCCUCCCAGCCUGGGUCUCUCGUCCUGUUUUUUUUCUCUUUCUUCUCUUUCUCGUAUCCCACCUCAUCCGGUGGUGUCCCUCGUUUACUUUGAUUCUCAUCAAACCCCCAAACCAUCGUCAUUCCGAAACCUUGACGUACUAGCUCGCCAACGGUCCUGCAUCGCCAACAGCGUCCGUCCUCCCCGUCCUUCCGCGCCCAAGAUGCGCCGCUGGUGAAGGCUGCUGCUGUACCAGCCAAAGAUGCGUCUCAGCUGGGUUGCCGGGCCCCAUCGCCUCGACGACGACGAUGAAGACUUCGACGAUGGCGACAAUGCCAGCUAUCGUUGCAGCAGCUCACCGUGUCGCUGCUGUGACGGCUAUGAUGACUCGAACCACGACCGGUGUCGACAACGCCCGCGGCUGCACCUGCGAUGCGGCGGCGACAAUACGAAGGCCUUACCGGCUGGUAUAGCGCCCUCGCGGCUCGGCAAGUACGAAAGACAACCGUUGGCCGCGGGGACCCAUGAUGCUUCUAAUCGACGACCUGGUCGGCGGAGAGGGAGGACGAGGUCGUGGGCCGACGCUCUGCAUAGCUCGUUGCGCCCGCCGCCCACGACUCUGCUCGGAACGAUCCUACUUCUCAUCCUCUUCGUCGCCUCUCCAGCCGAUGCUGUUCGUGUUAACGUUACCAACUGCCUUUCCGACGACUACCGCUCCGCCGCCUCUCCCCGCCUGCAAUGGGAGCCCAAGUUUGCCGAAGCGAAAUUCGACACCAAGAACAGCACCCACAACCUCCAACUCACUGUAUGGGGCAACGUCACCGGCCAGCAGUAUCAGGACAAGCUGCCACCGCCCGAUUCUGAGUACUGGACCAACCCGGACCCUGCCAACAAUAACGGCAAGAUUGUCGAAACGGUGGACGGCGGCAAGGCCACUACCUUGGUCCAGCGGGUCAACGUCUUGACGUACGAGCCCUGGAACCAUCUCAGCAGCUUCUGCAAAGACGCUCUCGUCAAUGGCUCAUGUCCGCUCUCGCCCGUCUUCCACCCGACUGCCCAGUUUCCCUAUGGCCUGCCUUCGAUCAACAUAAGCCAUGACUUCCGCUCCGAGUACACUUUCGCCUCCUUUGCCGCUACCAUGAUCAUCAUCAAUGGCGAUACCACAGCGCUUAACAUCGGCUGCAUGUCUGUCACAGUCACCCCUGACCUGGGAGGCGUCGCCUGGGUCCUCAAAUUCCUCCCUCUCUUUAUCCUUCUCUUUUGCGGCAUCGCCGUCGUCUUCGCCGCCAUCUACAGCCCCUGGGGCACCACCAACAUCUUUCACUGGUCCUCCAACUAUGGCCGAGACUCUGACCUCUUGAGGCUCGUCACCCCCGGUUUCGGUGACUGUCUGCAGUAUAUCCAAUUUGUCGCCCUGACCGGCGCCCUGUCCCUCGACUAUCCAGGCUAUUAUCAGCCUGCGGUCAGCCAGGUGGGAUGGUCUGCCCUCAUGUUCAACGAGAGCCUCGUCGCCCAUUCCCCACCCUGGCAGAGUGUUGUCGACGGCAUCUACGUGACCAACGCCACCGAUGGAUACGGGCUCCACGAGCUGGGCCAGCUGAUCGGUAUGGCGGAGAGCACGGACAUUUGGCCUGGCAUGAUGGUCUGGCUCUGCGUCAUCAUUGCUGGCGUCUUCGUACUCUUCCAGGCCUGCUUUCUGGUCCAGUGGGUGUGGCGCAGAAUCAACAACAUAUCCGAAGAGGACCUUCGGGCCAAGAACAUACCCUUCAGCAUCGGCAACGUGGUGCGCAUCGUGUUUAACUACAUGCUAAUGCCCAUUGUGGCGCUCUCGACUUUUCAGCUCGUUAUUGCAGGCAGCUCGCCGCCGUAUACCGUUGCUUUGGCGGUCUUGACCCUGGUCCUGCUGCUGGGCUGCGCGGCCUGGAUCCUGUUGAUCAUCCUCAGGACACGCCCCAAGUCGGUAUUGUUCGAUGACCUGCCUACGGUGCUGCGGUAUGGCCCGCUUUAUAACACCUACUCGGAUGAGGUUGCUGCGUUUGCACUCAUCCCGGCGAUGCUAAACUUCAUCCGCGGUAUCGCCAUUGGUGCCGUUCAGCCCAGCGGCGUUGCCCAAGUUGUGCUGCUGGCCAUCUGCGAGGUUAUUCAAAUUUUUACCUUGCACGCCUUCCGUCCAUUUAACCGGCCUACGUCGAUGAACGCCUACCACACGCUCUUCGCGUCUCUUCGCGCCGUCACCAUUUUGCUCAUGGUCGCCUUCGUCCCGAGCCUCGGCGUCACCGAAGGCCCCAAGGGAUGGAUUGGAUAUGCGAUCUUGCUGAUUCACGCAGCUGUGCUCGUUCUCGCCUUCUUCCUGGGUGCCCUGCAGACAGUCGUGGAGGUGGUGGCGCGGAUGUGCGGGGCCGGUGGUGACGACGUAACGGGCCUUACGCGAGGCGGACUAUCCAAGAUCUUUGGCAUGCGCCAGCUGUCACGACGAGAGACGAGCCGCACUCGAGCUGGUCCGUCGCGAGCAAGCCAGCUAUCUACCGCGGCAAUGCUCGAUGCAGAGGAGGGUGGCAGAGUUGGCUACGUGAUGCCCAGCGGUAGAGUUCGCUCCGGGUCGGCCGCCAGUCUGGGCGGCAUGGGCGGCGGCCGCCACCGACACAGGAGCAGCUCCGCGAUUGAUAGCAUCGACAUGUAUUCGGGCAGCCCGCGGCACGUGGACACAGGCAGCUCGUACAUACCCGGCACCCCAGGCGAGACUAGCAUGUUUUCCUUCAUCGCCGGACCGAAUUUAGCGCGGCAGCCCGUGCCAGCCGGCAUGGAGGCGUCCGACCCUUAUUAUCGACCACCUCGUCGCACACGACGAGACACGUUGAGGGACUCGACAUACUCUGACAAGGGGCCCGAGUUGCUCGAUCCCAAAAAGGCCACUCAAGCUGCCACGGCGUCUGGCGACGCAACCGAGACGGGUGAAGAGAUAUCUCGCGCUGCGACUCCGGCACCGCCCAACGCGACCAUGAAUCUCCCUGCGAAUCGGCCAGAUUACGCUACACGCGAGGUGGAUUUCUAUUACGGGGUUAGAGGGCCCGCCCUUAACUCGGAGGGUCCCGGUAGGAAACUGGGGACUGGACCGGCCGAUCCCACGGGACCGGUGGCCACCGCGACGGGCUGGUUUCGGAACAUGUUCAGCAGCAAGACGAAGGAGAAGGGCAAGGGCUUCGAGGUCGUGCGAAGCAAGCGCAUGCCUCCGGCCAUGGUGCGGAACGGCGGCUUCGGUGACGAGACACCACCCGAGGGCAUCCCCGUGGCAAUGGGGGUGUUGAGGAACGGCCCGAUCGAGUCGGACGAUGACGAGCCGAAAGCGAAGCACUCUCCCAAACGAUCGCCACAGCGACCCGGGGAUCUCCUCACGGAUAGCGGAGAUCCUCAGCUCUCCGACCCCGAUGAGCCCGUCAGCCCGGUCGAGGAGAGGCAGGGCAGGAGCAAGAAGCCGGCGGGUGACGCAAGCCGUGUCAGCUCUCUUGAUGAGGACGAUCUUGCGCUGCCGGCAAUCCCUAGGAAAAGCUCAAAGCGCAAUUCGGGGUCUGUCGAUCGCCAUCGUCUUUCCGCACUCAGCCUCGUCGAGUCUGCGUCUCACGGAGAGACUGCAUCGCACUCAGCAUCGGACAAGGGCCCGGAAGCCGAGUCUGGUGGCUCUACACGGGCGUUUAGGUUGGCCCCUCUUCCAUUCGAGCGCACGGCAUCUCAGAAGCGACUGUCAUCAAAUUCCUCCUUGGAGUUUUCGAGCGCUUUCGUCGAUGUCGAUCUGCAAGGCUCACAGAACGAGCGACCCGCCAGUCUGGGCACCGUACCGCAUCACGGCGUCAGUAGACAUGAUCCUAAGCCUGCGUCGACCGACCUCGCAAGCUCGGCUGAGCUUGUGAACGACACCGCCUCCUCCAGGCGGCGAAGUUAACAGGUGUUGGCUGGUCAGUCGAUAACCGUUGGUGUCUUUCUACUUCCGAUAACCGAAGACUACAAGACAAUCACGAACACUCUUGUACAGUGAUCACCGCACCCCCGGGUGCCGCUUUUGCAUGAUAAUUAUCGCACCAGUAUCUUGCGCUCUGGAUAGCGAUGCCAUGGACGGGCCAAGCGUUGGUUUCACCUGUUGUUGCAGCAUGCCCCCUGUUGCUUUCCUUGAAAACAUUUAUCUCUCAGAUUGGUCUCCUGCUGUCGGCUUGGGAACGAGGGCGUACAAAAAUAAUACGGAGAGGCAUUGAGACCCUCUGGCAUGUACUUGGGCAUCGGAUACCUGGGAUGCAGCGGGCUGGCAGCCGGUCCCUUAUGUCAUGAAUUGUGGGAGCGCUCCGUCGCACUUGGAUAUACAUGUUCUCGUUUUCUUUUACAUACACUGGUAUGAGGCAUGGACGGCAGUCGUAAUUUUACACAUGGACGAGAGCGCAAGGAGAGCGGGUGAGGACGGCCAUUAGGGCCGGAAAGAAAUUCUUUUAUUCAACGAUGUUGACGCAAUGCACGCAGAUACCGCUUGCAAAUGAUUAUCCUUGUACCCAGGCC